AUGGAGCAAUGGCAGGCGUACAAUGACCCUGCCAGCGCCGGCGGCCAGCGACGGUACAAUGGAAACACUGGCAGCCAAAUGUCGCCGCGGGACUUUGGUAGCGGCGCCCAGAACCCGGCGCAACAGCCCCCGGCGGGCUUCAAGUACGACAACUACCAGGGCGGCCUGAAUCCGCACCAGACGCCGCCGUCGGCAACUUCGCCUAUGGCGAGCCCGCUUCUGCACGACGGUAAUGGCGACGUCCCGAUGCAAGAUUCCCAUGAUUCUUACGCCACUCUCAACCCUAACGCCAAAUACCCGAUGCGGCCGCAUCAUCAACAACACCCCUCCAGCGGUCGCACCGCCAACCUCCAACAAGAGCCUUCUGCCGCCGCCCAACGAUACUCGCCCAUGGAGGUUUUGUCGCCUACGUCGCCAUACGGCCCCAAGUCGAGCAGCGCAAGCCAGUUUUCGCAACAGCCCGCGCAACGGCAAUCGCCCACCCGCUCGUCGGACUAUGCCCCGCAACAGAGCCCUUAUUACAACACCCGUCAAGCGGCACCCCAGCUACCUCCGAUCAAUCCAUACGGCGGCAGCCAGGAUUCCUACUCCCCGUCAGCCAUGACUCCCAUGGACGGUUCCUAUGUCGAUCCCAAGUCGCCCAAGCGUGCCCCGCAGCCGCAACAACAACAGCAAUCGACUUUGCAGGACAGGGGUCCUGUGCCUGAGUUCAAGCGCAUUCGAGCAUCGACAGAUCUCAAGCCCAAGGUCAACAGCCAACCUGCAUUUCGGCGAGCCAACCCCGAAGGUGGUUUUCUCAGCCCUCUCCAAGCGCUCACGGUGCAACUCCCAGCUACAUACCGAAUCUGCAACCCCGGCUUCAAGUACGAGUCGUCACGUAACCCUCGCCGUGUUUUGACGAAGCCGAGCAAGGGUUUGAAGAACGAUGGCUACGAUAAUGAGGAUAGCGAUUAUAUCCUCUACGUCAAUGACAUCCUUGGCUCUGAGGAAGCUGGACACAAGUACGACUUCUCUCCGGGAGGCACCUUUGGCCAGGUUGUGAAAUGCCAGAACAUGAAGACCCAGGAAGUUGUCGCUGUCAAGGUCAUCAAGAACCGCACAGCCUACUUCAACCAGAGCAUGAUGGAAGUGUCUGUUUUGGAUUUGCUCAACACCAAGCUGGACAAGAACGACGACCACCACCUCCUGCGGCUCAAAGAUACCUUCAUUCACAGACAACAUCUGUGCUUGGUGUUUGAGCUGCUCAGCGUGAAUUUGUACGAGCUUAUCAAGCAGAACCAGUUCCGGGGUCUCAGCACAACCCUCGUUCGUGUUUUUGCUCAGCAGCUUUUGAACGGCCUAGCGCUGCUCAACAAGGCGAGGCUGAUUCACUGCGACUUGAAACCGGAGAACAUUCUCCUCAAGAAUCUCGAGAGCCCAAUCAUCAAGAUUAUUGAUUUCGGUUCCGCAUGCGAUGAACGGCAAACAGUUUACACAUACAUCCAGUCCAGGUUCUAUCGGUCACCUGAGGUCUUGCUCGGCCUACCAUAUUCCUCGGCCAUCGAUAUGUGGUCACUGGGAUGUAUCGUGGUCGAACUCUUCCUUGGCCUGCCCUUGUUCCCAGGUUCCUCUGAGUACAACCAGGUCUCCCGAAUCGUUGAAAUGCUUGGAAACCCUCCAAAUUGGAUGAUCGAGAUGGGCAAGCAAGCUGGCGAAUUUUUCGAGAAGAGGCAGGAUGAAUUCGGCCGCCGAACUUACCACCUAAAGAGCAUGGAACAGUACUCACGGGAACGCAACACAAAAGAACAACCCAGCAAGAAGUACUUCCAGGCCAACACAUUGCCCGAGAUUAUCAAGUCAUACCCGAUGCCCCGGAAGAAUAUGAAGCAGUCAGAAAUCGAUAGGGAAAUGAAUAACCGCAUUGCCUUCAUUGACUUCGUCAGGGGUUUGCUGACUAUCAACCCCCUCGAAAGGUGGUCGCCACAACAGGCAAAGCUCCACCCUUUCAUUACACAACAAAAGUAUACUGGCCAGUUUGUGCCGCCCAUGAACCUCAAGGCGAGCGCCCUCAACCGAUCACCAGCUCCCGGUACACAGCAACAAAUACAAGCCGAGGCCCUGAGCAAGCAAAGGGCCCAGGCAGCUCAAGCCCAAGCGCAGGCAAGCACAGCAGCACAAGGGGCCUACGGGUCUAUGGGUGCCGUGCAGUAUCAGCAGCAGCAGCAGCAGCAGCCGCAACAUCAGCAGCAGCAACAACACCAGCAGCAGCCGCAGCAGCCGCAGCAGCAGCAAGGGCACCCACAGCAACCACCACCGCUUUACGGGAACAACAACAUGUACACUCCAACCGGCGCGCAGCCAGGGGCGCCGCCCCCGUACAGUGGGCAGCAAGGUGGAUAUGGCCAGAUGGGUAUGGGACAGGCAUCUGUGCAAAUGCCGCCGGCCAACUAUGCCCAAUCCAACCUGUACGCUCAGCAAAACCGGCCUAGGCAGCGCGCUUCCACGAUGGAGCAGCAACAGAGCGGCAUCCCCGCCGCGAUCCAGAGAGUAGCCAGCCACCUCGACCCGACGCAACCCAUCCGACUCCAGCCCAGCCCGGCGUACUACCCGCCCCCACCAGAAGGUUUGGCAGGCAUGGACCUCCAGACAGCCAGCAGGCAGCCAAGGAGGGGGAGCCGAGCGCAGCAGGGUGGACGGGGCAACAAUCGUGACUUUAUCCGGAAUCUGGAGGCGCGCACGAUGGAGGAGGGAUUCAUGGGCAGUGGCCAGGGCCCUUGGCAUUAG